AUGUCUUCCACCACCGAACCGACGUCUGGACACCUCGGACACCUCACUCCUGACCAGGAAGGAAAGGUAAUCGAAUUCUGGAUCAUCAUUUUGACCUCCGUUGCGACUGUCCUGUCGGCUGUAGGCUAUUGUCAGCGCAUUGAGGGGGAAGAUUCCAACGGAGAAACCUCGAAUGGGAACGUACCGGCGGAAUUAAAUGGCGAUACCAACGGAGAAACGGCCGCUGAAAAUGGCACGGAUAAUAAAGAGCAGAAAUCACUCGACAAAGUAGAUGCGCUCAUGAAUGAAAAUGCCAAAGACAACAUCAUUUCAGAAAUGGCCAAUCGAAAGGUCACCCCGGCACACUUCGCUUCCCUUUUCUCACAGCUCCGAGAAUUGGGAGUACAGGAUACAGAAAUCAAAUCUAUGGAGACUAUCCUCUCCAAGAUGACACCACAGGAAAUGUGCUUUGCUAUUUUGAAAAUGAUCAAGCAAGAAAAUCCGGAUAGCUUGUUGCUCCGGUUCUUGCGCGCCAGGAAAUGGGAUGUUGGAAAGGCAUUCUCGAUGAUGGCGUCGAAUAUCCUAUGGAGAAAGGAAAUGGAAGUGGAUGAGGAUAUUCUGCCCCGGGGAGAGGAGUAUGCUCUGGAGCAAUCCCGUAAUCCGAAAGCUUCUCCCAAAGAGAAGAAGGAAGGUGCCGACUUUACCAACCAACUCAAAACAGGAAAGAGCUUCCUUCAUGGCUUUGAUAGGGACGGCCGGCCUGUUAUUUAUGUUCGAGUGAAGAUUCACAAGCCAGGUGCUCAGAGUGAGGAGGCUCUCGAGCGGUAUAUUGUUCAUUGCAUUGAGUCGGUGCGACUCAUUGUGGCUCCUCCAGUUGAAACCGGGACAAUUGUUUUCGAUUUAACAGGAUUCGGGUUGUCCAAUAUGGAAUAUCCACCAGUCAAGUUCAUCCUCAAAUGCUUCGAAGCAAACUACCCCGAGUCUCUGGGACAACUAUUAAUCCACAACGCACCCUGGAUAUUCUCCGGAAUCUGGAAACUCAUCCACGGAUGGAUGGACCCGGUCGUCGCAUCCAAAGUACAUUUCACGCGGUCAAUCGCCGACCUAGACAAGUUCAUCCCCCGCACCAAAAUCCCCAAAGAAUUCUCGGGCGACGACACCUGGACCUAUAAAUAUAACGAGCCCGUGAAAGACGAGAACGCAGUUAUGAAAGACACGGCGACGCGCGACUCACUUAUGUACGACCGCAUGAUGAUCGGCAUCCGGAUGAUCAGCGCCACAGCAGCGUGGAUCUCUGCGAGCUCGCAAUCCGAUGGAAAGGAAGAGGUGUCGAAAGUAGAGGAGCUUAAGUCGCGACGGAAUGCUGUUAUUGAUGAGUUCCGCGUGAACUAUUGGAAGUUGGAUCCUUAUAUUCGAGCGCGGUCGUUUAUUGAUCGGACUGGGAUGCUUUUGCCUGGAGGUGGACUUGGGAGGGAUGCUAGUGUCAAUGGUCAGGCGAAGUAG